AAGAAGAGUGAAAAAUACAGCCAUCUCUUUCAUUCACAUCAUGAUCUAUCUGUUGUAUACACUGUAUUUUGUUUUGGUACACCGUACACUUCCUGCUUCAAUAUAAAUAUAGAAGCUGAAAUCUUGGUGUUGUGUAUAUAUAUAUAUAUAAUAGUAUUUGUUUUCAAGAAGAGAGUUUCCUAUUAAACUUGUGUUAUUCUUGAUAAAAUAUUUAAAGGGCUGUAAGAUUGGAAGCCAAAGGCUGUGUGUGUGUGUGUGUUUAGGGUUUUUGCUGCAGCUGCAAGAAGGGGGUCCAUGUGUAGUAGAAUACAUUAACUGGGUUGGCAUCUUCGGUAUCAAGGUAGGUAAAGACUCAAUCUUUAAAGUUACUGGUGUCGUCAUCUUUUCAUAUUAUUGAACAAUCAGUUGUUUGGGGUUUACAACCUGAAAACGAAUAGAAAUUGUUACUUUAUUAGCGCAACCCCAACUGCUGCUGUUUCCUUCUGAUAUCGGCAAGAAUUGGAGGGCUAAAGAUUUGUGAUCUUUCUGGUGUUCCCUUUGUGGAAGAGGGCCAGAAAAGUUAGUGGAUGCGUGUUUGGUUUCUUGCACAGAAAAUGAGUGGGUACAGUGUGUGCGUGUUUUGAGAUGGUUUGUCUGAUAACAGAAAUGCAAGGGAAGAGAUGGUUUUCUGGGCAUGGGCAUGCCCAUUUGAAAGUUUCUUGGAUUCAGCAUCAAAUCAAUCAGAAAGAUGGUUUCUUGCAAUACGCGCCUCCUCUUAUGCCUUCACCACCUUCUUCUUCAUAUGGUGUUGGCAGUAAUUUCCAGAAAGAGUCGAGCAGCCCUUCACCAUCUUCAUCUGGGACAAGAAUCAGCCCUGCUGUUCUUUUCAUUAUAGUAAUUUUAGCUGUUCUCUUUUUCAUCUCUGGUCUUCUCCACUUGCUUGUUAGAUUUCUCACCAAAAGCUCAUCAUCCUCUCAGUCUAAUCGAAACUUGGAAGCGUCUGGCUCUGAUGCCCUUCAGAGACAGCUGCAGCAACUCUUCCAUUUACAUGACUCUGGUUUAGAUCAAGCUUUUAUAGAUGCAUUGCCGGUCUUUUCGUAUAAGGAGGUUGUGGGUCCAAAAGAGCCCUUUGAUUGUGCUGUUUGUUUGUGUGAAUUCUCUGAGACUGACCAGUUGAGAUUGCUUCCCAUGUGUAGCCAUGCUUUUCAUAUCAAUUGCAUCGAUACUUGGCUCCUGUCAAAUUCAACUUGUCCUCUUUGUAGGGGGGCUCUAUUCAAUCCUGGAUUCUCAAUUGAAAACCCCAUUUUCGAUUAUGAUGAUUUUAGGGAAGAAGAUGGAUGCCCCAAUCAUGGAGAGAAUGGAGGAUUCUGUAUUGCUCAGAAGAGGGUGGAAAUUGAGCAAGUUGCAACGGAAAAAGGGGUCUUUCCAGUCAGGCUUGGGAAAUUCCGGAAAUUGAAUGAAGCUGAGGCCGGGGAGGUAGGAGGAGAGACUAGCAGUAGUAAAUUGGAUGCAAGACGGUGUUACUCAAUGGGUUCUUAUCAGUAUGUAGUGGGAGAUGCUAAACUCAGGGUGGCCUUGAGCCAAGACCGAGCUGGUCGAAACACUAAAGGAACAGAUCAAUCUUGUAAUGCUUCUGCUGAUGAGAAUACAGAGGGAAAAAAGAUAAGCAUCGGUACAAAGACCGACAGCUAUUCCGUUUCCAAGAUUUGGUUGUGGUCAAAGAAGGGGAAAUUCGCAAGUUCUUCAGAUGCCCAAAUGGAAAAUCCAUCUUCUCCUAACUUGGACUUCCCAUGGAUGCAUAGAACAACACAAGGCAUCUGAAAGGUUUAAAUUUUUUUUUUCAAUUUUAGUUUUGGUUCAUCAUCUAUUGGUUAAUGACAGUGUUGGCUUCCUUUCCCAAUGAGAUUUCACUGCCCUGAUUGAAAAGAAUAUGGUAUAGCAAUAUAAGUGAUGCGUGAAUGCCUCCUUGUCAGUUCAAAUGUCCUCUGUUUUAUACUGGACCAUUUAAAUGAGUCCCUGUUAUACUUUUUGGUUUUUGUUGUUAGAUAUGUCUUGGCCGGGUACAUAGCGGAGAAAACUAUGCAUGCUUACAUGACUGGAUUAGCUUAUGUACCUCAUCCCAUCACUGGAUUAAGACUUCAUUUUCAUGCACAUAGGAAAGCUGAAAUUAUGGGGUAAAAGACUUAAAAUUUUUGAUUGUGGGAAUCGGAAAGAGCUGCCAUCUGGUGAUUGCUUUCACUAUUUGUGGUGGUGGUAUCAAGAAUUAGAGUUAUGUUUUCAAAGAAUUGCGUUGAUUUUGGCCUCUUUCAUUCAUUUCAUCUCCCAGCAAGUACGUACAUUGAAUCAGUCAAAGGGCUAUAAAUACUUGCUGUGUUUUUUAAGAUCUUGAAUCCUGUGUCAUCAUCAAAAGUUGUAAGGAAACAAGUUAAAAAUGCCUGCUGGCUUUAUUAGCUAGAGCAGGCAGCAGUUUGCUCUGUUUUUCUUGUUUUUUUGGUUUUUUACACCAAUAAUUGUUUCCCAUGAGGCCGCCCUUUUGUUAAAACCCUUUUUGGAUAGUGUGAGCAGUGCACACUCUUCUGUACAUGGGUUGUUUCUUUUUUAUUGGGACAGUGUGGUGGGAUCCAUGAAUAUGAGAAAGAGAGAGAGAGCUCCUUGUGAUGACUUAUGAGACCGCUUUUGCAUUCAAACUUUGGUUGUGCACUGCUCCCUUUGUAAUAUGGCCAUUCCAAUUCCCAUG